UCACAUCCUUAUUGAAUUGUAAUCUAGGUUUUGUGAAACAUAUUAUUCGUAAUAAAUUAUUUAAUAAUUACAUUGUGCUGAUAUAUUGAACAUACUAAUAUUGAAAAAUGGAGACUUUGUAUCAUCAGACUAAUCAUCUAAUACAGGAAACAUCAGAACUUUUCCAGAAGUUAGAAAGAGAUCCGACAAACUAUGAGAGCAUAGAAAACGCAAUUCAGUCAAAAAUUAAUGCAAUUAGUGUGAACUGCGAGAGGUUGGAUAUAUACGUUUUCAAAACACCAAUCAACCAGAGGCCUAUAGCAAAAAUGAGGGUUGACCAACUGAAAUAUGACAACAAACACAUUCAGGCAUCUCUAAAUGCAGCUCAGAAUAAGAGGAUAAAGCGUGAACAGGAGCUAAGAGAUAGAGAACAACUGUUAAGUCGGAGGUUUGGACAUGAUCACACUGCCAUAAAUGUGGACUACUUGGCGCAGGAGCAGUUGUCAUUGCAGAACUCACAUAGAAAUGUUGAUGAAAUGCUACAUACAGGUUCAAACAUAUUGGAGACGCUAAAGUACAACCGUGAAACAAUAAAAGGUGCUCAUAGAAGACUAAUAGACUUAGCCAAUACUCUAGGCUUAUCGAAUGCAACUAUAUCUCUGAUAGAGAGGAGGGUGUCUCAAGACAAAUACGUCUUGUUUGGCGGCAUGUUCGUCACUUUGACUAUCAUCGUGCUUGUGAUAAUAUAUCUGACAUAGUUUAAACUUUAAUGAGGGAUGCAGACCUCUGUUCUCGUUGACAAUACAAAUAUUAGACGAUAAAGACAAAAAUAUAAUAUAUUGUAAUCUAUCUUGUUUUCUUAUGUACGGUGUUCUCAUGGUCACAAAAAGAAUUGCCGUAAUGUGUACCUUCGCGGUGAAGUGGACAAAUGGACACUUGAAGCGUAAUUGGGACAGACCCUUCUCCCUCUAAUUGACACAGUAUCAUGGCCUAUUGUAUCCCAAUGUCUAGUAAAGUGUAGUGCUGGUGCAAUAUCUUCUAACAUAACCUGCCUAAUCAUUUCAUAAUAAUUGAUGAUGUUUUCAUCUUACAAGGUCAUUUUAUGCCGAUUUUGCUCUCGUAAUCUGUGAGCCAAUAUGCAAGGCGAGUACUGCUAGACUUAGUUUCAAGUAAACUGUAACUAUGAACGAUCUUUCAAGCAAUAAUAAUGUCUAAGUAAAGAUUGCGAUAUCUGUAUUUCAAUACACUUACAAAAUAACCGGAGAAAGUAACCGAACGCUUCAAUGAAACUCAUAAUGAAAUUGCCAUGUGUAAUUGAAAAUGAAUAUUUUUGCCGUUAACUGAAUAAUAUCAAAUUAUAAUUAAAUAGUUUCUUGAAACAGUAAGAGCAGUAUAGGCUGUCUGAUUAGGUCAGGUCGGUACAACAAACGGUUACAUAAAGGUUUGCAAAACCUUGCGAUUGCUCGAAUGGGGCUUCAAAAUACGAGUUUUUGCGACGAUCAAAACACCACAAUUUAUAGCUUUAAUAAUAUUAACCCGAAUUUUGGUACCCGUUACUUAAAAUAAUAUUGCGUCAGUAGUCCACUAGACCGACAUUAAAAAAAUUGAAUAGUAUUCUUGAUAAAACAAGUAAUGGUUUUUUGGUUCUUAAACUGGUUGUGUUAUCUACAGUUAUUUUUUUUAAGUAAUAUUUAUCUAAACUAAUCCGUCUCUAAUAAACUUGGUUUAUCUGCAACUUCAUACACCAUCUCAUACCUUUUAAAAAUUUAAAGUAGAAUAUAAAUAUCGUUGUAUAUAAAUAUUUUUGUUAUUUAUUUAAUGUAACAUUCCUUUCUUUCAUUUCUAUUAUGCACGUGUUUGUGAGCGUACACUUGUAUUUAAUUCGAGAUAUAUCCAGCUUACCUGUUUGUGUAAUAUUGUAAUAAUGUUAAUAGUUAAGUGAUAUUCUAUUAAAUUUUCUAUUUUCCA